AUGGAGGUCCAUGAUCAUAAACCAAAGCUUUAUUCACCCCACCUCAGCCCAACAGUGGACUUUGCUAACCAGAAUGACAUUCACCUCCUCCUACUCCACAAAAUUUCUGGUAGCUGUAGCCUCACCUACUACCAAAACAAGAUCGAAUUUCCAAUUGCCGCAAAGAAAAACUUUGGGAAUUCACAUCUUCUUGUGGUUGGCACUUGUGAUGGGAUAAUUUGUCUUGCGGAUGAUAUCCCCUCUUAUGCUUACAACUUCUUUAUACGGAACCCAACCAUUAGAAAGUUGGUGACCCUUCCCAGGCCUGGUAUUACCUUUCGGUCGCAUGGUAGGAACAAUGCUUCUCUUGGGUCUAGUUUUGAUGCUAUGACCAAUGACUACGAGGUUGUGCGACUUGUGACUUUAUUGGAGGAAGAUGAGCAGCCAACUCUAGCUGAGGUUUAUUCCCUAGCCACGGGCACAUGCAGCAAUCUUGGUUGUGUUUCUCCUGCAUCUCUAAUAACAAAAACUGAAUCAGACGAAUAA